CUAACAGAGAGGGUUUAUAGAGCACCACAGUUCCUUCUGUCUUUAAUAACUGGAGAGAGAAUGGAGAGUCAACUCUAUGUCAACUCACCCGCCAGAGAGAGGAAGGAUACGAGGCAGAGAGAGAAAUGCUGUUCAGGAGGGUCAAACAUCCUCUGGUUAGUGAUAGUCAGCUUUGGCGUGCUGUGCAUCGUACAGGCAACUCUUAAUGUCGCACUUCGACUGAACUCUGUUGGCGGUACUAACAAGUACAACACAACCAACAAUUCCAACAUGAUGUCUGCAGAUCAACUCAUAGAGCUUAUUUCAGAAAGAGAUCGACUGUCUCAAGAGAAUAGCUACAAAGAUCUCGUAAUCAGAGGCUUGGUCAGAGACAAGAAUUUGUUGCAUGAUAGGAACAUUGAACUCCAGAGGAGGAAACCGAAACCGCCGCGAAGGCCACCAACCGUUGUCAGUACUAUCAAGUGCAACAACCCAACCAGCAAUCCCAACGUGAUGUCUGCAGAUCAAAUCAGAGACCUUACUUCAGAAAGAGAUCAACUCAUCCUGGACAAUGAUCGGCUGUCUGAAGAUAACAACAACAAAGAGGCCACUAUCAAACGCUUGGUCAAAGAGAAGGAUGCAUUGCAGGAUGGGUACAUUGCACUCCAGGAACUUCUGGGAAAGCCACCAACUGCCAAACCAAAACCCUCAAACUGUCCAUCAGGAUGGCAGCAACACCCAUUCAGCUGUUACAAGGUGUCCACCAGGAUGGGGACGUGGGAGGAGGCCGAACUGGACUGUGAGAGACAAGGAGCUCAUUUGGUGACUCUGAGUGAUGCAUAUGAGGAGAGAGUUGUUCCUCGAUUUGGUAGCAAAUGGAUUGGCUUGAUUGGCCAAACAAAGAACUCCGUUUGGAUGUGGACAUGGGUGGAUGGAAGCCCACUUGUUUAUACAAACUGGAUUCAAUACUACACGUCUCCGACACCCUUGGGUUCUUACAGAGGAUGUGUAUGUACUGAACGAAACUUGUGGCGCCCUACCAACUGUUACGAGCAGAAGCGCUGGAUUUGUGAAAUAGAUCUUGACUUUGUCUUACCUGAAAAAUGAUGUCACACAACAAACACACAUGCAAUCAUUCUCCCUCAACCACACACACACAAAUGUAUAAAGCGUCCAAAUUCAAGUACCUUUUAGAAAUUGUAAUUGUUGGGGCGCUGGUGGCCUGGCGGUCUAAGCGCCCCACAUACAGAGGCUUUAGUCCUCGUUGCAGGG